CUUAAUCAUUAUCCCACAGUAGUUAGGAAUUUAAUGGUGAUUAACCAGUAGUGCAAUUUAUAGUAUUAGUUACUUCCGGUGCGAGAACUUUAAAAAAUGGCUGUCAGGGCAUUUUCAAAAUUCACAGUCGGGAAUCGCAGUAAUCUUAUACGCACCCAAAUAAGAUUUAACUACACAGAGACGAGAAAAAAUUUGAAAAUAGACACGAAUACCAAAGUGAUUUGCCAAGGAUUUACUGGAAAGCAAGGAAGUUUUCACUGCCGACAGGCCAUUGAUUAUGGCACGAAAAUCGUUGGUGGUGUUACUCCCAGCAAAGCAGGCACUGAACAUCUUGGAAAACCAGUUUUUAAAACUGUUAAAGAGGCAAAAGAAGCAACGGGAGCUACAGCUUCUGUAAUUUAUGUUCCUCCACCAUUUGCAGCAUCAGCAAUAAUGGAGGCAUUGGAUGCGGAAAUGCCUCUGAUUGUUUGUAUUACGGAAGGUAUUCCACAGCACGAUAUGGUCAAAGUAAAAAGACGAUUACUCGAGCAAAACAAGUCCCGUCUUAUUGGACCUAAUUGUCCCGGAAUCAUUGCUCCUGAGCAGUGCAAAAUUGGAAUUAUGCCAGGGCAUAUCCAUCAAAGGGGGAAAAUUGGAAUUGUCUCCAGGUCAGGAACGCUGACUUACGAGGCAGUGAACCAAACAACACUCUGUGGCCUUGGACAAACUUUGUGCGUAGGAAUUGGCGGUGAUCCCUUCAACGGCACCGACUUUAUCGACUGUCUAGAAGUAUUUUUAAGUGAUCCUGCCUGCAGUGGAAUCAUUAUGAUCGGUGAAAUCGGAGGCAGCGCCGAGGAAAAAGCCGCCGAAUACCUGAUCGAGAACAAUUCGGGCCCAAAAGCCAAGCCAGUGGUAUCAUUCAUUGCUGGUAUCACAGCUCCUCCCGGUCGUAGAAUGGGACACGCAGGUGCCAUUAUUUCCGGAGGAAAAGGUGGAGCUCAGGACAAAAUUGACGCACUUGAGAAGGCUGGCGUGGUUGUGACGAGGAGUCCAGCACAAAUGGGUAACACGUUACUGAAAGAAAUGACCAGACUCGGUCUCGCCGUCAAAUGAAGCUGAAAAUUCUACUCCUAAUCUAACUAGUUCGUCUCCAUGUCCGUGUAUCUUGAAGAAAUAUAAAAUUAAAGCUUAUCUUCAUCUGCUAAUUUGUAAAGAGAGAGAGAGAGAGAGAGUUGUGAGUGAGUAUCGCGAGAGUUCAACGAGUUCUAAUAACUGAAUAACUGUUAAUCUACAUGAAAUAAUAUAUUAAACUUUAGAAAAGACCUUUGAGAUUGUCCGGUAUCGGAAUUCAAAAUUUCAAAUGCAGACAAUGUUUUCUCAAAAUUUAAUUUAUUUAAUGACUCUACAGUAUUUGCCAAGCAAUUUUGCUACUGAUUACAAAAGCCGAAUGUUGCCGAUGCAUGCAUAAAUUAAGAAUUAUCGCUUGACAACUUUUCGUGGAACUGUUGUUAAAACUCUUUAAGAGUUUUAACUAUAUCACAGACUGGAAAAAUGAACAGGAAGCCUACAAUGAUUGUAUAUUAUGUUGAAGAUCAGAAUAUAUCUGUUGAACUAUUAAA